AACUGGGAUAUAGUUCCUCAUUUUAAUAAGGACAUGUCUUCUUGAUCCAAACUGCAACAACAGAGUAUUUGAAGAUCACAUUUCUCUUGCAUACAGCAGUGUUUGUUCAUUUUUUAGUGUUUUUGGACAGGAAAUUGAUCUACAGGGUAACAUUCACACAAAAAAGGAAACAGUAUGGGACGCUGGCUUGCUAGUACAAGUGACUCUGUUUUGGAAAUUACAGACAAGAAACCUUGGAGGAAGAACAGCAUUAAAGAUCAAAAGCAUGAUGACUCCUGAUGAAAACAUCACCAAAUGAUGAACCCACGAGCAAAAAGGAACUUCUACUUGGCGGCACCUGACUUGCUGGAUCCUAAAUCUGCCGCUCAGAACUCCAAACCGAGGCUCUCGUUUUCCACGAAACCCACAGUGCUUGCUUCCCGGGUGGAGAGUGAUACAACCAUUAAUGUUAUGAAAUGGAAGACGGUCUCCACGAUUUUCCUGGUGGUCGUCCUCUAUCUGAUCAUCGGAGCCACUGUGUUCAAAGCGUUGGAGCAGCCUCACGAGAGUUCACAGAGGACAACCAUUGUGAUCCAGAAGCAAACAUUUGUGUCCCAACACUCCUGUGUGAAUUCAACCGAGUUGGAUGAACUCAUCCAGCAAAUAGUGGCAGCAAUAAAUGCAGGGAUUAUACCUUUAGGAAACACCUCCAAUCAAAUCAGUCACUGGGAUUUGGGAAGUUCCUUCUUCUUUGCUGGCACUGUUAUUACAACCAUAGGAUUUGGAAACAUCUCACCACGCACAGAAGGAGGAAAAAUAUUCUGUAUCAUCUAUGCCUUACUAGGAAUUCCCCUCUUUGGUUUCCUUUUGGCUGGAGUUGGAGAUCAACUAGGGACCGUAUUUGGAAAAGGAAUUGCAAAAGUAGAAGACACAUUUAUUAAGUGGAAUGUUAGUCAGACAAAGAUUCGCAUCAUCUCAACAAUCAUAUUUAUAUUGUUUGGCUGUGUGCUGUUUGUGGCUCUGCCUGCAAUCAUAUUCAAGCACAUAGAAGGCUGGAGUGCCCUGGACGCCAUUUAUUUUGUGGUUAUCACUUUAACAACCAUUGGAUUUGGCGACUAUGUUGCAGGUGGAUCAGAUAUUGAAUAUCUAGACUUCUAUAAACCUGUGGUGUGGUUUUGGAUCCUUGUAGGGCUUGCUUACUUUGCAGCUGUUCUCAGCAUGAUUGGAGACUGGCUCCGAGUGAUAUCCAAAAAGACAAAGGAAGAGGUGGGAGAAUUCAGAGCUCACGCUGCUGAGUGGACAGCCAACGUUACAGCCGAGUUUAAGGAAACCAGGAGGCGGCUGAGUGUGGAGAUUUAUGACAAAUUCCAGCGCGCCACCUCCAUUAAACGGAAGCUCUCUGCGGAACUGGCUGGGAACCACAAUCAGGAGCUGACUCCCUGUAGGAGGACCCUGUCAGUCAACCACCUGACCAGCGAGAGGGAUGUGUUGCCUCCCUUACUGAAGACUGAAAGUAUUUAUCUGAAUGGUUUGACGCCACACUGUGCUGGCGAAGAGAUUGCCGUUAUUGAGAACAUUAAAUAGCUCUCCCUUUGAAGAGCUUUAGGCAUAGCCAUAGGUGAGGACUUCUAUAUGCUCUUUACGACUGUUGCUGGUAGCAUUUUUUAAAUUGUGCAUGAGCUCAAAGGGGGAAAAAUAUAUACAUCCAUCAUGGUCAUCUACCAUCAAGAGAAUUUGGAUUUCUGAGCCAGCACUAUUUUUUUUGCUGAUGCUUGUUGAAUGGCCCACUGUCUUUGACAAGUGGAAAGCAAGCAAAGUCUGAUGCCUUUUUGUGCCCAGACUGUUUUCUUCCCUCUUUUCCUAAUGUGCCAUAAGGCCUCAGAAUGAAUUAUAAUUGUUUUUGGUAAUAAUGUAGCUUUGAGGGAUCAGUUCUUAACUUUUCAGGGUCUACCUAACUGAGCCUAGAUAUGGACCAAUUAUGGAUGACAACAUUUCUUUUUGUAAAUGGCAAGAAAUUCUUAUGCAGCCUUUUACCUAAGAAAUUUCUGUCAGUGCCUUAUCUUAAUGAAGAAACAGAACCUCUCUAGCUAACGUGUAGUUUCUCCUUCCCUGCCCCACCCCUAGGCUCACCUCUGCAGUCCUUUCCCCCAGUGCUCAGAUUUGAAUACCAGAUCUUGCUGGAAACUGUAUGUAAAAUGACUGAAGUGAUGAUGCCCAAAGAAGGAAUAGAUGCCAAAUUAGAUGGACAUUGAAGCAACACUCAAACUAGCAUUAAAGGCACUGCAGAGAAAGCAGGUGCAAAGAUGGCCCUUCUGAGUAUUUACUUGACUCAGGUACCAGUGAUACAUACAUACAGUGUAAUUAUUACCAGGCCGGCAAAAUUGGCUGCCCCCAAACAGUCCCUUUUUCCCUGGCAGUAUUUGAAAUUUACCACUUAUUAAUAACUAUCCAUUUUUGUAAAGGUGGAAGAAGAAAAUCCAUAUAUAAGAAAAUCCAGUGAUCUGACAGAAGACUGUUAAAAAUAGGUAUUACUGCAGGUGAUUUAAAAUUUGGCAUGGAUUACCAUUCUGAUGAAAAGAAGAUAGCAAAACAAUGUUAUGAGUAUUUGCUAAUAAACAUUAUACUGCCAACAUCUAUUUGCUUUCUGAUGUAUGAGAGACUUUGUGUAAAUUUCCCUCCUUGGGUGACUUUGCCACAUAAGGGGAGGGGAUGCAGCUCUCAGAGCAGGGCACGGUCAGAGCCUCCUGGGGUCGUUCCUCUGGGGUGGUAACUGAGUGUAAGAGCAGAAGUUGAAACUGGGGUCACUGUGACUUUGCACAUGAAAAAAAUGUGGAUUGGAGGCAUAAUUCAUCUCUAGCAUUAGAGAAAAAGCUGUUAUAGCACAAUUUAAAUCUUGAGAGUGUUUAUUAUUAUUAUUAUUAUUAUUAUUAUUUUAGAUAGAAAAGGCUGAGAAUCCUUUUUAGUUUCAUUUUGUAUCCUGUAAGUUCUUGGAUGUUUCUAAGAUUCAGAAGAAAUUCAUUAAAGGCACCCAGUGGAUUGCUACCUUUUCCUUUAUUUUCAUACUUAGGUCUGUUGUACAUUGUAUAUAUAAUUUUUCAAAUGCAGAAAGAAAAUGAUUUCCCUAAAUAUAAUUGCAAAACUGAUUUCUUUUUCUUUUUUUUGUAUCUGGGUAAGUGGCAUUUGGAUUAGGGUCUUAAAAAUUCAACCCAGAAUCUUAAAAAAGAACCAACAACUAAUAGAUGCUUAUUUUCCAAAAUUUAAAUUUAAACUAGAAAUGUAAAUAUCAGUUAACUUGUGGAAGGUACUUUUAUAAAUUUUAAAAAGUCUAACCAAAAUUUUAGAAAGUCAGGCUCUUUUGGAAAGAAAGUUACACCCAUUUCCUCAAUAACUGUUCUGAAAGUUCCUAUGGUGGAAUGCGCCAUGUAUAAACUGUGAAUUGUAUUGACAAAUAAAGUUUGUAAUUAAAGUCA